CAAAUGUGUCCAACAUAACGACUGUCUGACCUGCUUUACGGUUGUCGAAAAUACGAACACGUGUGUGCUGCCUGCUUAUCAACUGUACGGAAGAUACAUCUGCGUCUAUAAAACUUAAAAAUGGCCAAAAGUCUGCGAAGCAAAUGGAAGCGGAAGAUGCGUGCAGUGAAGAGAGCGAAAAACGCCCCUAAGGAACUGGCUCGGUUGAAGCAAGCCUUGGCCCACGGUGGCACAGGAGAGAUCUCCAUGAAUGACAUUCAGGACAUAGCUACAGUGGUGCCAGCUGGGAAGAUAAAGGAGAAGAAAGUGGAUGUAGACAUGGAGGCAGAGGAAGUCGAUGAUGGAAAGAUGGACAUGGACAGCAAGCGCAGUAAGACGACCCAAUUGGACGAGCACGGACAGUACCCAACAUGGAUGAGCCAACGACAGGCUAAGAAACUGAAAGGCAAACGCAUAACAAAAAAAUCAGGAGGAAAGGCCAACAAAAAAAAGAAGGGCAUUGCCUGGUAGCCUGGAGAAAACCAAAGGACUUCUGACUUAGAACCUGUGACACACACAUGAGCAUUGAAUACAUGAUCCUUCUGGACUUGAGUUGCCUGCCUUGUGUUCAAGUUAAAUGGUGAUAUGAGGCAAAGGAUCUAUAUUGUGCAACCCAUUGUCUGUAAGCUCAUUUUAAUGUAUGAAAGGAAACAGAGUUGUGUGUUGGGCACAAUGGAAAGCCAUGUUUUCUUAUUUCUGUGGUAUACAGAAGAUGGUAGAUUCUUUACAUUUGACCUUAAUAAUGCUACUACUUACUACCUGUUGUUGGUAGCUCCAUUCUUGUUUGAUUUGCUCCUCUUUCUGUAGCCUAGCCCAUAGUUACAAAGACAUUCAUUAUACAUGCAACAAACUGUCCAUAUCAUAUUCUGGCUGUCACACAGAGUAAAUAAAUGUGUUUCUGUACAUUAAUACAUUUUAUUGAUUACAUGCA